UGUAAAAUGAGUCUCAGAAAGAGCAAACUUGACUUGCUCGUCCGUGUUCGGUAUUCGAAUCCACUUCCCGCGCCUCCAUGUCCGCCAAAACUACUCGAUAUCCCCACAAAUCCCUUACGCUAUGCGCAACCGGCUUUCAUCAAUGCCAUCACAAAUGACACUGCUCUGCCGAUGAUUGUUGACGCCGAGUGCGGUAUGCCUCUGGAUCUUGGACGGUGGGAGUGUCUAUGGGAAGAGGAUGGUGACGAUUCUGCACUGAACCCUGACCCGGACAACUUGGUUUCCCUCGACCCAAAAGACCGCUUCCUUCUUGGUGACCCCUCAGCAUCUGCCGCACCCUACGCCAAUGGUUCAAUACCCGCAACAUCAGGGGCGUCAACACCUCUCCCUCCACAUGUACCCUGGCUCCGAAAAACGGAGUACCUCAGCCGUGAAGGCGUACAGCGCACUCCAUCAUCACAAGAAUCGAAACAACUCUUGCAACCCAUUGAUGUCUCGCACGAGGCCCAGCUCCGUACCAUUGAAGCUGGCUUCGCUGCUUGUACGUCCCUUGACCUGAGCUCGCUCUCUCAUCCCAAUAAGACUGGGGUUACCGCUGUUGAGUCCUACGAGGUGCUCCCAGAUGCAGACAUAUGGGCGAAUGCAUAUGACUUGUUCCGCUUCAGCGAGCGCCCAGGCGAACGACCUGUAGACACAGAGGACCCACGACUGGACUGCGCGAUUCUCCGUCCGAUGGAAAGCGAUGGGGAUCAUUUCCUGGCAUACUACUUAACCAAGGAGGACGCCGAUGCCUUGGAAUUUAAGGAGGAGCGAUUGGCACUAAGGAAGGGCGAUGAGAAUAAAGCAACAGCAUUCCACUUCGUACGCGACUAUGAGACCGUCAAAAUUGAACAAGAAGUUCCCAAUGAAUUUUUGCUUGUUCUUGACAAUGGGGACACAGGCGAGCGUGGGCCAGGCGCAUACUACAAAAAUAUCGAGCGCAAGAUGACGCUUAAGAAGAAGCGGAUGAAUCAAAGCGACACCUAUGCAGACAAGUGGCAGGUUGUGCACAUUUCGCACGUGGCCAUGAGCACCGAGGAACUCGAGGAGCGCAAUGAGGCUCUCUCAGAGGUUGUCGAUCCGCUGUACCUGUUUUCGCGAGACGCUGAGGGUGAGGUAGACGCAGAUGGUGAAGUGGAUGUUGGGGGGACAGAGAUGGGCGCAGACGGUGGUGGAGAUGGAGACGGGGGCAUCAUGGCUGAAAUAUUCUAAUUUGUGUGCUCACUGCUGCAUAAACUACAUUUACUGUUCUACACUUCAUUGCUGUUGCGGGGGCAGAUUCAGUGUGGUGUUGUUUAAUUGUAUACUCAGGACCAACUCAUUGCUGUGAAUGUUAGCGAUCCUCUGAA